UGGACAGCGCGCCGAAAAUAGUUGGUUGUUCAAAUUUGUGGUUCACUGAACAUUUAUCGGGAAUAACCAUGGCGCAGCUGAAACUGAGCCUCAUUGUGCUGUUCAUCGGUGUUUUCGCCGUCGAAACUGUGUUCAGCGUUGGGGUCAGCACCAUCUUGACAUCACCGGCGUUGAACGUGCUCAAGUCACCUGCAGCACCAUAUGUGCCGAAAACAAGAACUGAACCUGCCCUCAUCAAUCCGAUCGGAUCGGACAUUCCAUUGGGUUUGCCGACUCUAGAUCGAUUGGUCAGAAGUCCUAUUAUUAAACGAUUGGUAAGGAGAGCGAGAUCAACCGACUCCAUUGCUGCCAAAGUAUCGAUAAAACUGCCUGAAACGCUGCUCACGCUGUUGCCUGGUAAUCGAAAUGUACAGAAGCCCAUCCCCGUUCCAGAAGAUCCCAAGCCGGAAAUUUUCAUCGCUGACAUCGGUACCAGGCUGAAGCGAUCCCUGAAGGACCUCCCUGUCGUAGUGCCAGCGCCCAAGGCAUCAUCAGUGAAGAUUCCGGAAACCAUUUUGGGACCGAAAAAAACCGAAUACAAGCCCAAGCCAUUCCGCCGGAUGUCUAGAUCGGCGAAUGCAUACUUGAAUUUUAUAUAAAAAUGUACUCCUUUCUCAAAAUGUAGACCGUUCUGAUGAGGAUUCUUUUGAAAUCAUUACUAUUUCCUACUUUCAAGAUUAUAUAAAC